AUGGAUUUAAGGCCUUCAAAUUGCAGUUUUCAUUUUCAUUCCAAACUCUCUCCACCCAUCUCAAGUCACGCAGCAAGAGUUUCCAAAAAUAUGGUCGUCUUACAAUACUACCCCGAACGGAUCGCCGCCUCCGAUGUCGAACUAGGAGACAAGAUAAUCGAUUUACUAUACUCCUAUUCACCGGCUGGAAAGUCAGUCAGACGCAUGGAAUUUGAGAGAUUAGUUCGCUCGUGUGUCUCGCGUCGAGAAUCUCUUCAUCUUGUUCUUCCCGCUUUUCCGUUCAAGUCUGCAAACCGAACUGAUAAAGUCCUGGGUGAUCUUCCGGACAUUGGCGAAGAAAUGGCCCUGGCACUCCUGAACCGAAUAUGUACCGACAUUAAUAAUAUUUAUCCUGGAUCGUAUACUACAGUAACCAUCGUUUCAGAUGGACUGGUUUACAACGAUAUUUUAGGUAUCUCAGAUGAAGAUGUCUGGAAUUAUGGUUCAGCGUUAAGACAGAUUUCUAAAGAAAAAUAUCCUUGCAUAAAUUUUGCCCGGCUUAGCAGUUUAAUAGAUACUGAUUUACCAGAGCCUGAAACAAAAGAAGAGUACAUAUCCAACGCUAAUCGAUAUAGAGAGGAGAUAGCCAGUCUAGGUCCUGAUCAAGAUCCUAUUGGCGGGGCACAUCUAGAGCAACAGAACGUUCUCAUGACAUAUCGAGGUUACAUAAAAUUCCUCGCUACUGAUCUAAAAUAUGAUGAGAGUCGAAGAAAUUUAAGCAAUAGUCAAAUCAAGAAAAAAAAUCAGAUCGUCGCAAAAAAGAUGAUUCAAAGGGGUACUGCUUACUCUUUGGCCGUUAAAAAUGCCUUUCCUUCCUCCAUACGGCUUUCUAUACAUCAGUCUCAGAGCCAGUAUAAGCUUCCCAUUUCUCUCCUUCUAGGCGAGAAUAAUUAUACCACCCCUUGGCAUUGCGCAUGCGCGCUUAAGCCUGAUGGAACCUGGCAAUUUGCACACAGAAAAAUCUUUCAAGAAGAUCCACGUUAUCAAUUGAUUUAUCGCAAUGAAAGACCUUCAUUCUAUUACAUGACUGGCAACUGA